AUGUAUUUUCCAGUUGGGUCAUUUCGCGUUUAUUCACUACCCUUAAACGAACCGUUUACUGUUAACUUUAUUCGUGCAACAAGAGAUAGAUUAAAAUUAGUUGUAUUAACACCAACAGUUAUCAGUAUAUGGCUUUCCAAAGCCACAACAUUGGUGAGUCUUGUGCGACGUUCUGAGAAUUCAAUAGCAAUUCAUGGUGAAAAUGUUUAUGCCGAAUGGCGUAUUGAUGGACAAAAAAUAGCUGUUUCUACUACAAAAGGUUACAUAAUUUAUUACAAAGUAUCAUUUGACACUCCAAAAUCCUAUUUAUUUGGCUCUUCUAAUGAUGAAGAUCCGUGUGAAUAUUUGGUUCGAAUUAAUACCGAAUCUAAUUUUACAUUUCCUAUGGUUCGUAUUAAAAUUGUUCAAGAUAGCGCCUUAAAUGUUGAAAGUGGAAUCGAAGGAAUGAUUAAUCUUGGUCAAGAUCUUUUAGUAGCAAAUAGUACGGGUUUAUUGUAUCGUAUUACAUGGGACGGUACUAUAUUGAGUAAUUACACAAUUUCACUCAAUACAUUAUCAUGUUCUAUAUGUUUAAAUUCUGACAGGGCAUUUAUAUUGAAUAAAACAGGUUUAUAUGCAAAACAAAUCGAAUUUUCUCCAUUACUGAAUGGUAUUGGUAUUGUUUUCUCAGAUGGUACAUCUGGUUUGAUUAUUUGUGAAACAUCAAGAUUUGAACCAAAUCAAUGUCAGUGUAUUGUGAUUCAACCAUCAAGUGAAGAAAAAGUAUGGAAAACACACUGUUGUGUGGCACUAAAUGCAAUCUAUCAAUUGUUAGCAUUUGGAUCUAGCAGGUAUGUUCAUAAUAUAUUUUUAAGGAAAAAUGUUGCACAAUUGAUUUAUUGUAGUGGUCAAGGAGUUGUGUACUAUAUUGAUGAAUUAACGUCUUCAUUGCAGUUAGCGUAUAAAAUCCGUUUAAGUGUUGAAAAUUUUCCAGAUUUGAUUGAAACGCUAGGUUCAUUGUGUUCAAUGAAAUGGAGUCCUGAUUAUCGAGUAUUAUGCACAUUAUGGGAUAAUGGAGCAUUUGGUGUAUGGACUGUAUUCGGCAUAUUACUGUACUGUUCAUAUUCCUCACAACAAUCAUUAAAUUCUAUGCAAUCGUAUGGCUUAUGUACAGUUAUUGAGUGGGGUCCGGACGGAUACACAAUGUGGAUUGCUUCUCAAAAACAACAGAGAUCAACAUCAUUAUCCAGCGCUGCAGAUGAUGCAUCCGUUGUAAAUAGCGUGAAUACUAGUCAGUUAUUAUUGUUAAAUUUCUUGAAAUCAUCGGUUAUUAACAAUCCACAUUCGGGUAGUAUUGAACACCUUGUAUUACAAUCAGAAGAUAAAAUACAUUUAUAUCUAAGCGGUGGCACUGUAAGUUCGACAAAUCCAUCACAACAACAGCAAAAUGACACUAAUUAUGGCUCAUUAUCAACAGUAGCAUACGAUGUUGGUUGGCAAAUUAUUCAAGUACCACAACUUUAUAUUCAUAAUAAUUGGCCAAUUAAAUUCGCCUGCAUUGAUAAUACUGGACAGUAUUUGGCCGUAGCUGGUCAACAUGGUUUUGCUCAUUUAUCAUUACUAACAAGAAAGUGGAAAUUAUUUGGAAAUGCUGGACAAGAACGUGAUAUUCGUGUAGUUGGUGGUUUAUUAUGGUGGCAUGAAUUCAUUAUUUGUGGUUGUACAUCAACUAGCGAUAGUCGCGAUGAAAUUCGUCUGUAUUCGCGGUUAACCAAUCUUGAUAACAGUUUUUCUAAUGUCACGCGUUUACAGUCCCCCAUCGUAUGUUUGAAUGUCUGUGACGAUACAUUAAUUGCAUUUUGUUAUGAUUUGCAUAUUAUGUUAUAUGCAUUAGAAAGAAAAGAAACAAAACCGGUUGCCGGUGCACAUUUGAUCAAACUGCAUGAAAUAUCUGUUGAAUCCUAUGUUCCACACGCUGUAUUUGUCCCUUUUGUUGGUUUGACAUCACUGCGUACAGAUUCAGGUAAUUCUUAUUUAUUAGUUUGUUUUCAUUAUUUGUUUGCAACUAGUCAUUACAUGUUCGUAGGUUUACCACAAUCAAAAUCUUCAAAUUAUGAUAAUUCGCCACAAAGCAUAUUGCUCAAUGUUUGUGGUCGAUUAUUACUGUUACAACAAGAGAAAGAUGGUUCAUCGUUGAUACUACAAAAAUCAACAAAAAAGACCACAUUGCAAACAGUUAACUUUUUACCACCUGUCAUGAUUGCUGCAUGGGUCGAAGCCAUAUGGACAAUUUCACAUCAGAAUUCAACGAAUCCAUAUUUGUCCAAUGCAUUGUGGCUUUGUUGUGGUUUACAGGGAAUGAAAAAUCAUAUUUCACCGAUGUUAUUUUUUGAUUUAAUAGCUGUUGUCGUUGAAGAAGCUGUUAUCCUUGGUGCUAUGUCUGAAGUUCAUAGUUAUAAUUCAAAAACAUUUUGCUCAAUAACAAAAACAACACAAGUCUUUCUCAAUCAUGUCUUUCAAGAAUUAAUUAGAAAAAAUUUGGAUUUCGAUGCAUUACAGAUUGCUCAAACAUGUAAAAGUUUACCACAUUUUUCACAUGUAUUAGAAUUGUUAUUACACAAGGUAUUAGAAGAAGAAGCAACAUCUUUACAACCAAUUCCAGAUCCAUUAUUGCCGCGUGUUGCUGAUUUUAUCAAACUGUUUCCACAAUAUUUACGCAUUGUUUCACACUGUGCACGCAAAACAGAAGUAGCUUUAUGGCCAUGUUUAUUCUCAAAUUCGAUUAUUGGCGAUCCAAAACAGUUGUUUAAACAAUGUUUGGAUCAAAAUAACCUUGAAACAGCUUCCUCCUAUUUGAUUAUAAUACAAAAUCUUGAAAGAAGUGAAAUUAGUCAACAAUUUGCACAAGUUCUACUUCAACAUUCGCUUGAAAAUGCUAAAUGGGAAUUAGUUGCAGAUAUCAUUCGUUUCAUAUAUUGUAUAGAUCCUCAUGAUUUGAAUAGUAAUGAAAAUAUACGUACGAUCAAUACUCGUUUACCUACAACAACAAGUGGACGUGUCAACAAUAGUUUAUCACAAAAAUCACCGUUAUCUCCUCAUAAAGAUGCUCUUAAAUUUACCUAUGUUGUCAAUCUUCGACAACGAACGGGCAGUAUUGUAACAACUAUGGCUACCAGUACAUCAACAACAAAUACUUCUGCUGUAAUGACAGGUGCAGGUGUAUCAACAAUGACAGAAAUUACACCAUCAUCGACGGCACUCACAGGAACUCAAUCAUCUCCAACAUCAUCAUCAAACUCAAAUACACAACAACCUCACCAAAUCCGUCGAGAUGCACAAAGAAAAACAAGUACAUCAGAUAAUAAAUCGCCGAAGAAAGACAGUGAACAAAGUUCUUCGCCAUUAUCGAAUGCAAAUAACAAUAACUAUUCUUCGAGUUUGAAUUCAGCAAUUCCACCAGCGUCAUCUAAUUUUAUUCAACGUACAUUAAAUCAACAUGCAUUACAAACAAUAAGUAAAGGACAUUUGAGACAUUUGGGAUAUAUGGCUGCAAACAUAAAUGAUUUUGAUUUAUUAACGUGGCUUAAAUCUCACAGACAUGAAUCAGCGUUAGUCAUUUCAAAUUAUACUGAAACUUUGAAAGCACUUCAUAUGGAAUUCAACUGGCCAUUUCCAGUUUCUAUAUCACCAACAGUUUAUUUUAAUCCUGUUUACAGAGAUAAAGAUUCUACAUCUUCCAGUAAUGAAAAUGGUCACUCAGAUUCUGGUAUUGUCACUACAGAUCGAGGUGAUGAUGAAAAAGGAAUUAGCACUGUACUAUCAACACAAGUAUCACGCGCCACGUCCAAAGAAGAAGUGGAUGUUGAUUUAACACCGAAGAAAACAAAAGAUCUUCUCGAUACACUAAGUUUAACAUCUGAAGCAAGUUCGAUGCCCGUCGAUUCUGAAUUAGACGAUAUUAUUAAUAAUCGAGACAUUGAAACACUUAGUCAAGAAUUAGCAAAUCGUGGACCACCAGUAUGCGAGAAACAAUUAAAAUAUCUGUACGAUAUAUUUUUGUCGGCCGGAUGUUCUGAUUGGGCAUUUUUAUUUUCAUUAAUAUUAAAAAGUCAAACAAUGAUCAGUCAAGUCAUUAAUUCAUUAAGGGUAACCGAUUUAACAACACAAAUGUUCGGACUUCAAAAUGGACUGUGCGAACUCGAAACAUGGGCUGAUAAUGAAUGUUUUGGCUAUAAACCUUUGUUACAAUUUGUACGAAAUCAAGCACAACAACUCAUUGGACAACGUCGCCACUUGCAGGAUACAGCAACAACAAGCAAAUUAUUGUCAGAAGAUAAAGCUCAAGAUGAACCAGUGUUAACUAGUAAUCAUGUAAAUUUAAAUCGAAUACGUACAAAUUCAGCAUCAGACACAAAUAAUUUAAUAUCUGAUACAGAUUCACCAUCAUUAGCUGAAAACAAUUACGACGAUAACCACAAAAACCAUUCUGGACGAUUCAGUGGUGAUGCUUUAAUAUCAUUACAAUCAUUAUCGUCACAGAACAAUAAUGAAUCAGAACCUCUGUUUUCUCCUGGUUCGGUGAGAGCCCGAACAAUUAGUUCUCUUCAAGAAAGUUCAAAAUCUUCUCCAAACUCUCUGACACCGUCUCCAACAACAGCAACACAGCGCGCAUCAAACGACAUAUUCGAGCACACAAACGAGCAACAUUCUCCAAAACGUUUUGAUAUUAAAUUAAGUUCGGGAAAAAGUGUAAAUUCAAGUGAUUUUAUUCAUACGGGUCACAUUAAUUCAAAUGUUAUUGGCGAUGAGAAACCGAAUGAUACAACAGAAAGGACUAGGGAGAAAUUAAUUGCUGUGUAUGCCACACAAAAACAGAGCAAAUCUCUGACUAAUUCAUCCCAUGAAUUAAUAACAAAUGGUACGAAUCAUGAAUCUACACAACAAUCCAAUUGUCUUCUUUCCUAA